AUGUUAAAUAGUUAUCCUGCAUAUAAUCUACAUCAUGCAUCAUCAACUGCUAAUCUAUGUCGUGGUAGUCUAAAUUCAACGCUAUCACUAACAAAAUAUCGCCGAAAUUCGUUCUCAUCUCCAACUCCAUUGAUUCUAUCGUCUCAACCAACAUUUACCGCAUUUCAAGAUGAGUCCUUCCCGUCAGCUUCAACAAAAACAACAACCAGCAAUGGCCAUCAGAUAAAAGUCACUCAAUCAACAACCGAUUUCUUCCCUGAGUCUAAAGAUGAUCCUAGUCUUUCAUUUCUCGAUGGUCUAGAUCUGACAAACAACUUAAUGCCAUCGUCAACAAUCACCACCAACACUCCAACAGUCGAUGAUAAUCUAUUCACUAAUAAAAAUACUCCUACACCACCCUUAGUUGUGCCGGCUUCGCCUUCGACAUUUCAAUGCGUGCGUAUUAUUCGCCGUAGUGAUUCAACGCCUAUCCCAACAAACCCAACUUCGAGUCAACGCCGUGUUGUUCGUGUCAUUCGAUUGAGUAACGCCUCACGUCCACUAGAACAAUCAACGUCAAAUGUCUAUAUCGUUCGAAAAACCGAUGUUACUCCAACUGUUCAUAUUAAUCCAGCCGUGCAACAUGUCAUUGCAAAAAGCAAUACUGUGAACAAUAAUCCCGAUGAAAAUAAUCAACCGAAUAAACUUUAUGGUUCGACAAUAUCCAUAUUUGGAAUUGAGUUCACUGUCGUAUCGAAUGAAGCAAAUGCAACAGACAAAUGUGCGUCACUUGUACAAAAUAUGAAUGAUACAACAGCGAAACCAAAUGUACAAACAGCAAACAAAAUUAAUGAUAUUCAUAAGUUAUUCUCUCGAAUUUAUCGUUGUGUUCUAUGUGCAGCUGAGUUCGAUGUUUAUGAGGAUUUUGUUUCGCAUGGUAGUGGACAUUUACAAGAUCUAACAUUGAAACCGCUUGAAACAGCAUCUGUGUUUCGUCGACGAUCGUAUCGUUGUCUUUUGCCACAUUGCAACGCAAGAAUCGAAAGUGAAACCGAAAGUCCUCGUAUUCUCGAUCAAUUAUUUCGUCGACAUCUUCUCAGUCAUGUUGGCACGCAUCCAUUUAAAUGUCAUAUAUGUAAAAGUAAAUUUCAACGGAUACAAAACUAUCGUGUUCAUUUGGCAUACCAUGAAGAAAUGAACAGUCCGUCUUUGCAGUGUAAAAAAUGUUUGAAAAAAUUUACAGCUGAUAAACAAUACAAUUUUCAUAUUCGCAAAUGUUUUGUCGUACCACCAUCUUCACCGCAGACGACCGCCUCCUUUCGUUGCCAUAUCUGUGGUGAAAAUUUCGAGAAAGAUCAGAGUUUAAAUCUACAUAUUAAACAUAUUCAUUCGUCGCGUCCAUCAACACCAAACGUCACAGCGAUCCGCAGCGAUAAUGAAGUUCGCGUUCGUUUGGUCUCACCACCAGCAGCUUCGACAAAGCCCAAAACAUUGCCAAAUACAUCGAAUACAUGUCAGAUUUGUCAUCAAGAUUUUCCUAAACGUUUACUGUACAAAAAGCACAUGCUAACGCAUUUAGGUGAUAAGCAUUUUGCAUGUACUUAUCCAGGAUGUAAAGAUACAUUUUAUUCUCAAUCAAAUCUCGAUCGGCAUGUUCGUACUGUACAUUUACGCGGAAGUCAAUCGUUUGUAUGUACAUUUCCCAAUUGUGGGAAAACAUUUGCGAGAAAUGAUUCGCUGAGAAAUCAUCGAGUGAAACAUUUUCCAAAUAUGAUUAUGAAAUGUCCGUAUGUUGAUUGUGAAGAAAAAUUUCGCGUACGUUCAACGUAUCAUGCACACGUCAAACGACAUCGAUCGGAGAAACAACAAGCAUCAACUAUAUACGUGUGCGUACUACAAAAUUGUCAGUAUACAACGUCGAAUAAAGCAAGCAUGAAGCAACAUCUAACGAAAGUUCAUGAUUAUAAACAAGAAAAAGAUGAGGAUAUUCCUUACAUUCAAUAUCCGUCUAAGCAACAACAGCAAACACAAUCACAAGCGCCACCACAGCCAACGCCGCCACAGCAACAGCAAAUUCUCAUCGACGAACCUUCGACGUCGAGUGUAGUCGAAGUUUUAGCUCCGAUUGUAGUCAAAUUACCCGGUGAUGAACCUCUUCCUCCGCCACAGCUUGCAGUACCGACACCUCAACCCAUAGUUCCUCCUCCACCGCCACCACCACUACCACCACCACCACCAUUGAACGAUCCAUUCGAUAUCUUUUGUACGCUUCCCGAUUUUCCACUUGGUGAUCUCGAUUGGCUCAAUAUCGAAUCUGAAGAAAACAUUCGGCCACGAAAACGUCAGAACAUCAUUACUAUUAGCCGUGAUAUGGAGAGUUUAUCUACGGUCGUCGUCGAAAAUCUAAGUGGUUGUGCACGAACAGACUAUCGUAGUAAUCAUGCUUUGCUUGAACGUGCUAAAUUCCGACGCAAACUAUUGAAUUACAAGCGAGAACUCUUACGCGUUGAUUCACAGCCAGUUUCAACAUCAACAAGACGCUUGUCCAGUCAGUUAUCUGAUGAUAACGAUGAUGAAGAUGAGGAUGAUAUUCUUGAAACUACAACAUGUGAAACAAGCCCAAAACGAAUAAAACGCUAUGUUGAUAUUAAUGAAAAUUAA